UUUGAAAUUUCAACAGAUUCGUUUCGGUAAAAUUUCAUUCCUUUAUUUUUUGCAAAAUAAAUUUUUAAUAUUUUAAAAAAAUGAAUAAAAAUAAUUCGUAUCCAUAUGAUCAACCACCACCGUAUACACCGGGACCACAAGAAACAACUUAUGUACACAAUGUAUUACAUAAUUCACCACAAGUUGUACAUGUUAGACCAAUACCACUUGGACCAAAAUCACAAACAAUUCUUUGUCCAUCAUGUCAUGCAACAAUUCAAACUGAACUUAGAUAUGAAACUUCAUCAAAAACACAUUUAAUGGCUUUAUUACUUUGCCUUCUAUUUUGGCCAGUAGCUUGUAUACCAUAUUGUAUGGAUUCAUGUCAAAGUGCUAAUCAUUAUUGUCCAAAUUGUGGAGCAUACAUUGGAACAUAUGAUAAUAAUUAAUAUAAACUCAAUAUUUGUAUUUUUUUUUUGUUUGUGAUUUUGUUUGUGUAUAGAAAACAAUUUAUGAUAUACAUAUAUACAUGUAUAUAUUUAUAUUUUUAAUAUAAUAUGUAAGCUUGUAUAUGUAAUCAGAUAUUAUAUUUGAUUUUAAAAUUCGGUAAUAUUUUCAUAUGUACAUACAUAUGUAUGUAUUACAAACAUAUUAUAUAUAAAAAAAAAAUUCUUAUUUGCGUAUUAUUUCGUUUUAAGAUAAGGCAAAAAAUAUUAUGAAAAAAAAGUGAUGUUAUACAAAAAAAAAAAAAAAUUAGAAUAAAGCUUGAGGAUUAGCUAGUAAUCUGUAUUUGUAAUAUUAAAAUUGAUAAUUAAUUACAUAUAUACACAUAAUAUAGAUAUUAAUAAAUUUAAUAUAAUUUAUUAUAAUGAUAUCAUUUUUAAUAAUUGCUAUUAUAACAUAUACUCUGAUAUCGGAAUUUUAUUAAUACCGCAUUUAUAAGAUUAAUUCUGCACUAAUACGAGUAUUCGGUAUUAUUGCAUUUCUGAUCUAAGGGUUAAUUAGCUCUAUAUAUACAAUACAAUAAAUAUAUUAUAUACAAUGAAAAUAUUAAUAAAUUUUUGUAAAUGAAUACAAUUUACAUAUAUAUUUAUGUAUAUAUUAUUCCUAUAUACGAGUAUGUACAGUUUUGUAUAAUUAUUUUAAAAAUUUAAGAAAAAGUCAAUAAAC